UUGGAUUGUUGGAUCUAAACCGAACCCCAACACCAACCCGAUAUGGAACUAUUCAUCUGAACCGACUCUGGUUCGCUUUUAUUAAAAGGAUCCUCUCUCUUUCUCUCUUCUCUGCGAUAUUGAAUAUACACAUACCUCAAAAAUUAACGGUAAAGAAAAGAUAGUUAAGAGCAAUGACGACUGCAGCUCGACCGACAUGGGCACCUGCAAAAGGUGGUAAUGAACAAGGCGGUACUAGAAUUUUUGGUCCGUCUCAGAAGUACUCGUCGAGGGACCUUGCCGCUCAUACAAAUCUAAAGCCUAGGAGGGAAGGGCAAGACACACAGGAUGAACUGCAGAAAAGGAAUCUCCGCGAAGAGCUUGAAGAGCGUGAAAGGAGACAUUUCUCAUCAAAGGAUAAAUCUUAUAAUGAUGAUAGAGACCGUAGAAAGAGUAAUCAACUUCUCCUGGAAGGUGCAAAGAGGGACACUGAAGACCGCAUCAUUCCACGCAGUGUAGAUGCUGAUGAUUCUGAUGUGGAAGUUAACAAUGACGAUGAGAGUGAUGAUGAGGAUGAUGACGAUGAUGAGGAUGACACAGAAGCUCUUAUGGCUGAGCUUGAAAGAAUUAAGAAGGAAAGAGCUGAGGAGAAGUUACGACAGGAACAACAAGAAGCAGCUGAAGAGCUUAAAGUCAAGGAAGAGCAGCUUCUCAGAGGGAACCCACUGCUUAACAACCCAACAUCUUUUAAUGUGAAAAGGAGGUGGGAUGAUGAUGUGGUCUUCAAGAACCAGGCCCGAGGUGAAACCAAAGCACCCAAGCGCUUUAUCAACGACACUAUCAGGAAUGACUUCCACCGAAAGUUCCUGCAGAAGUACAUGAAGUAAUUCGUUUAAUCAUAAUUGACUCGAGUCUAAAAGAUUAACGUGGAUUUGAGUCUGCUGUAUGUAUUGAAAGUAACAACUAUCUCAGCUGGUUUGAAAUUUUCAUUUGUUUUUAAUCCCUACUAGGGUUUUGUGAUGGUUUCCUUACAUCGAUACAUUUGAGGAACUGUUUCGCAAUGAAAAAAACUUAUCAUCGAAGCAUUGGUUUCA